UAGUUUUAUUACAAAGAAAAUAAGUAAAACAUUUCCUCAUUAUCUUACAAUGGCGGAUACACAUCGUGUCGACCGUACUGAAAGGCACUUGCAAUUUCAGUCGCCGUAUGAAGGCGGCCGAGUUCAUCUUCAGUAUGAAGGUGGCGGCGGUUACGGUGGCGGCGGUUACAAGAGCAUGAUGCCUGAAAGUGGCCCAUCUAGCACCCAAGUAUUGUCCCUUUUGAUUGGCGUCCCUGUCGUUGGUUCGCUACUUGCCUUGGCCGGUUUACUUCUAGCUGGUUCGGUGAUUGGCUUAAUGGUCGCUUUACCGCUAUUCCUCCUCUUUAGCCCGGUUAUAGUCCCAGCGGCUCUAACCAUCGGGCUUGCAAUGACGGGCUUUUUAGCCUCGGGAAUGUUUGGUCUAACCGGGCUAAGCUCAAUCUCAUGGGUCAUGAACUAUCUUCGUGGGACAAGGAGGACAGUGCCUGAGCAAUUGGAGUAUGCUAAGAGGAGAAUGGCUGAUGCGGUUGGCUACGCUGGGCAAAAGGGCAAAGAAAUGGGCCAGCAUGUGCAGAACAAGGCCCAAGAUGUUAAACAGUAUGAUAUUUCUAAGUCACAUGACACUACCACUAAGGGUCAUGAGACUCAGGGGAGGACGACGGCUGCAUGAUGAGUUUUCGGUAUGAACGGUAGAUAUGUGUUUUCAAUAUGAUGUCCUUUUCUGCAUUUUCAAUAUGAUGUCCUUUUCCUGCAUUUUCAAUAUGAUGUUAUGUGUUUUUUUUGUUUGGCUUUUUGUUGAACCAUGUUAUGUGUUUUGUGUUUUUGUAAGCAUGAAAGAUCGCAAGUGUUGUGGUAAUAUUUGAGUGUGUAAUAAUUCUUCUCCAUCGUCACUUU